CGAAAACUUGUCAGUCUUCAGCACACCACAUCGAAAAUCUUCUUCAGUUGUUACAGAUGAGACGCUGUCUUAACAGUCCCCGUGGCGUAUCACUAUCCCGGCGACAUGGUGAUAUUUCCACCGAACCUGAUCCUCGGCGCUCUUGUGAGGGAGGAGACCCAACAGAAUGUCGGGUAGAAGCUGAAGCACUGUCCUCAUGCCAACCCUUCCACAUACCCUCCGGUCGAUCUACGCAAAGCAAGCUUCAGCGACCUGCAGAUCCCAAUAUGUCCGCGCCCCAAGAGGGUCCAGAAGACACUUAUUGGUAUUGUCCUGAGUGCGGAGAUGGACCCUAUGGAUCCUGGACUAUGGUGUGCGCAAAUUGUGCUUAUAAGAAAAGUUAGGUGUUUUGCUGUAUUACAAAUUGGGCCUGAUCUUUCCUCGGCAUCUGGGUUGUCUCAGUAUGUUAUUGGACAUUAAAGCUUGCAUCUGCGUUUUCAUAUGGCGGAUAUCAUAAAGCAAGUUUCAAAAGCUCGAUCGAGGGUGCGAGUUUCUCAGUGCUAUAGCUAAGCAAGUGCUCAUAUAUCGCUCCAAGACGGGAAGAACAAGG